AUGCAAUUUUAUAAUCCUAACUCAUCAUCAUCUGCAUCUAAAAAUUCUAACAUAAAGGUGCAAUAAAACCUCAAUAACUCUCAACUGAAUAAUGCACUGUCUCCAAAGAAAUAUAAAUAGAAGAACAUAUCGUUGGAUUUAGGUUCUAGAAAAAUAUCUCCAUUGGAUAAUAGUUUAAGAAAAAGGAUAGAAUAUUAGCGUGAUAGUAAAUAAAGCAUUAAGCAGCCAAAGUUAACAUUAAACACAAGCUCUCAUAAUAACACAUGUAAUUUAAGUAAUAAUUAAAGUUUUGCUUAAAGUACAAAGCACUACUAAGGUAAUUCUUCGAUUCACAUAUCUGGUGAAAAGACUCUAACCUAGCCUAAUGUGAAUCCAUCUGGCGGAAUAAAUACAAAUACAGCAAGCAAUGUGAAUAAUAGCAACAGUUUAAUCAUAAACCAUAUCCUUGACUCCACUAAAAGUCAAGGUGGGACAAUCAAUAUAAAUGCAAACAAUAUAUCGUUUCAUAAUUAAUACAACAUAACUAAUUUAGUGUCUUAAAUGAAUAGAAAAAGAUAGCCUAUUGGAGGAAAUGUGAUAGUAAAUAAUAGUGUUGGAUAAAAUACAAUGAUUUCGAAUAAUAUAAAUUAAUUAAGUGCAAAUGUAUAAAAUCUUAACAACAUCCUAAAUUAUUAAAACAGUGGAGCUUCUACUGCAACUAACAGCAACGCACCUAGAAGCAUAUAAUUUCAUUAAUAUGGUGCACCAAAUUCUACAAAUAAAGUUAAUAGCAGUUUUAAUUAGUUCAAUUAAGGAGGUUAAACAAAUAAUUUUAUGAAUUUGAGUUCUGUUUCUACCAGUUAGAAUGCUUAAGUAAAUAACUCGUAACAUAUCAACAAUAAUAAUAAUGGAAGCAAUCCAAUAAGAAGAUCUAAAUAUAAAAUAAACACUGAAACAAUUAAUACACAAAAUGAUUAUUCUCUAACGAUAGACCACUCUGGAGGUUCUAUCCCUCGCUAUCCUCAAACGGAAACUCACAAAACAGGGACAAAAGAAAUAAUUAUCCCUUAAUCAAAUAAAAUAGAGUAAAUUUCUAAUAGAUAUAAUCUAACUUCUACAAAUAAGCCUAACUCUAGAAUGCAUCUUAUGAUAGGUACAGAAAACGAUCAAUCUUAAAAUUAAAUGGGAGGAUUAAAAGACUUCCUUUCUCCACAAGGUGCAGCUUUCAUAAAAUCAAAUGUAUCAAGUAAGAGCACUUAAAGAAAUUACUCAAAUAAAAAUAGAUACUUAGGUUUAAAUAAAAUACAAGCUCAAUAAUAAAACUCAUCUCAAUCAAGAGUUAGAAGUAAUAUAAAAUAAAUGAGCAAAGAUAAAGCACUUUCAGUAGAUAAAACCUCUAAUUACAUAAAUCGUCGUGACUCUACUUAAAAUUAAAAUGGAAAUUAUAUUCAAGAUAAGUCUUCAUUAUUGUAAACAUUAUAGCCUCCAGCAUCUCAAAGCUAUGACCAAGGAGGAGAUAAUGCUUACUAUAAACAUAAUACUUUGUAAGAUGAGCAACUAGGAAGCACAUAUUAUACAAUAGAUAAUUAAAACUUGCAAUAACCUACAAUUUAGUCUUCAGGUAGCUCUAAAUUAGAAGAAAAGCAUUUAACUUGGGAAGAUCUUAAACUCCCUGUAGGUCCUGAUGAUGUCUUAAACAAGUAUGGACAUGAAUUCCUCACAGAUUAUGAAAAAAAAGAAAUAUUAUAAUACAUGAAUAUUUAUUAUGUAGGUCACAAGGCCAAAAAACCAGCUAGAUCAGAAAUCUAAUAAGCUAAUUCAUACAAUUUCGGAUAUGAUGAUGAAAAAGGAGACUAUCUUUAUACAUUAAAUGAUCACAUUGCUUACAGAUAUGAGCUGAUUGAGGCUUUGGGUAAGGGAUCUUUUGGACAGGUUAUAAAAGUGUUUGAUCAUAAAAGAAAAGAAUACUCAGCUUUGAAAAUUAUAAGAAAUAAAAAGAAUUUUUAUAAUUAAGCAAUUGUAGAACUAAAUAUAUUAAAAUAUAUAAAAGACAACGACCCUUAAAAUUAAACGAAUAUUGUUAAAAUUAAAGACUUUGUGAUAUUUAGGAGCCAUGUGUGUAUUGUUUUCGAGCUACUUAGUAUCAAUCUUUAUGAAUUUUUGAAGAAUAAUAAAUUUAAUGGGGUUUCUUUAGAACUGAUCAGGAGGUUUGCUAUUUAAAUUUUAUAGGGAUUGCUUUUUUUAACAAAAGCGAAUAUUAUUCAUUGUGAUUUGAAACCAGAAAAUAUUUUACUUAAGCAGGAAAAUAAAUCAGGUAUUAAGAUUGUUGAUUUUGGAUCAAGCUGCUUUGAGAACUAGAGAGUUUAUACUUAUAUUCAAAGCAGGUUUUAUAGAGCUCCCGAAAUUAUUUUAGGCUUACCCUAUGGAAAGGCUAUAGACAUGUGGAGCUUUGGGUGUAUUAUGGCUGAGCUGUAUAUUGGUUAUCCUUUAUUUCCUGGGGAGAACGAAGCUGAAUAAUUUUAAAUGUUUAUGGAGAUACUAGGAAUACCAGAAGAAGAAUUUGUUGAAAAUUGUCCUAGGAGAAAUGUGUUUUUUGAAAAUAAUAAAACACCUAAAGUUGUCAAAAAUUCUAGAGGUAAAAUAAGAACUCCAGCUACUAAGCACAUAAAUUACUAUCUCCGCUGUCCUGAUGAAAAUUUUAUUGAUUUUGUUUCAAAGUGCUUUACUUGGAAAAAUCACGAAAGAAUGUCGCCUGCUGAAGCCCUCGUUCACGAUUGGAUUUUAGAAGGAUUGCCAGAGGAAAUCAGGGCUUAGCAUCUAUAAUAAAUGCAACAAACAUCUCCUGAAAUAGACAUGAGAGCUAAAUUUAAAAAAUAUAAAAUUGCAUGGAUUCCUCCUCCAAAUCUCCAAGUAUUUAAAGGAAAAAUUCCCUCAGCUCCUCCUUAACAACAAUAUUCAAAUAAACAAGCAAAAUCACAAUCCAGUAAUAAAGCAAAUACGAUUGAAGAUUAACCUUAAAAUAAUGAAAAUACAAGUGGAGUUGGAUAAGGGAGAAAUAGCUUUAAAAAGGCUGAAAUGAAUAACUCAAGCAGCUUUGGACCUUCAGUGGUAAGCGUAAAUACUGGCCUUUAAGAGAGAAAUAAAAAUAUAAUUAAUUCGCAGUCUCAUCAAAUAUAAGAUGUAAAGAUAAAUCCAUAAUCUUAAGCGAGUAAUCCUUCUUCAUCUUCUUGCUAAAAUGCGAUAAAUAAAUAUGGAUAAAAAUAAAAUAAUGCAAAAAAUUAUGUUUUUAAAAAUUAAAAUCCACUAAAUAGUGUUACAAAUAAUUAACCUCUAUCUCAAUCUAAGAUCGAAUAAGCUGAAAACCCUUCUUCAAAUAAUCUUUCAUAAAUUCCAUUAAAUUAAGGAAUAUCUUUAUAAAAUAAUAAAAAGAAGACAGACAUGAUACACUUAAGUGAUUUUAAUCCAUAUGAAUCUGAUCAAUUUUCAAAUACAUUUUCUGCAGCGACAACAACAAAUGCCAAAAAAACUUAACAAUAAUUUGGAUUUGUGCAAAAUAACACUCCUUAGCAUCAAAAUUUAAACGGAAUUAAAGCAAAUAAUUUCCUUUAGCAAGGAAAUUCUUAGAACCAAUCAAUUUACCCAAAUUAAAUUAAAAUAAGAAGACCUGAUUCUUCCAAAAAAAAUAAAAUAGAAUAAAAUUUUGUUGCUAAUGAAGAUCUGUAAAAAAACUCAAAUCUCCAAAUACAAAGUGGGGAAAAUUGA